UAACAAAUGUUGCAAAUGAGAAUUUCUGAUACUAUUUACAGACCUAAACUGCAGUUAAAAGUGAACCUCUUUGGCUUCAAAACAUAGAACAAAGGGUCCUUUGAGGACAAAAACCCACUCACCUACCUGUGAAGGAUUGUAUUACCAGCAGUAAAGUCUAUUUACAAGAUAAACUGGAUUUUGGGGUAUGGUUACACUGCAUAUCUAGGAUUAGUUGGAGUUCCUAUCCAAGACAGUGGCACACACAAACUCCAUUCACUACAAAGAACAGAAUAAUCUUCAGUCUUCUGUUCUAAGAUGCAGUGAACCUGCUUCCAAUGGCAAUGAUACGAGAGGAUCUGUAGAUAACUCAACUCAGAUGUCAAUACUCUCCUAACUCAAAGUCCUUUCAAGUACAGUAUCAGCAAUAGUAAUAAUUUAAGACGUUAUUGAUCUCAACAGGGACAUUAUUAUUAUUAUUAUUAUUAUUCUGUGUUGCAGUGUGUACAUGGACGUCAGAGGUCACCAUCAGCUCCGGAGCAUUUUCCCUACAACAGUUUCACUGUAGCAAGGCUAGGGGCACUCUGGUCUGUGCCACCCUUCAAGCCAGACAAACAGCAGGACGGGCAGACAGCUGCCUUUCAGACCACUGCACAUAAUGGAGGGUCUGAACAUCCAGCCUUUGGAAGAAGACAGGGUUGUUACGGAGGAGGAAAGUGAAAACAAUAGGGAGCAGGAAGAGGGAGAAAUGGAGGCCUCAUCUCCCGUGGGUUCCACCACAGACGAGGAAACAGAGGAGGACUCCGAACCCGAGCCCCCACAGGUCAUUCGGAGGAAGGUGUCAUUUGCUGAUGCAUUUGGCCUCAACCUUGUGUCGGUUAAGGAGUUUGACAGUGCUGAAGUAACAGAGGUAGAAGCCAGCCAGUCCCCUGAGAAUGAGGCAACACAUCCCUUGGAGGAGUACUACAUGUCCUGUCUGUUUAUUGUCCCAUCAUCCCCAGAGGAGCUGGAACAGAGGCUACAAGCACAGAUGGUUGAGCUUGAAAGCAUCGAGCUCCUCCCAGGAACAACCACACUCCGUGGCAUAAUCAGGGUUGUCAACCUCUGCUUCACUAAGUCUGUAUACGUCCGGAUGAGCCUGGAUCGCUGGACAAGCUACUUUGAACUGUUGGCGGAAUACGUGCCUGGAUCCAGUGAUAGGAAAACAGACAGGUUUACUUUUAAGUAUACUCUGGUACCACCCUCUGAGAGUGAGGAGAUCAGAGUAGAAGUCUGUCUACGUUAUGAAUGUUCAGUCGGCACCUUUUGGGCUAAUAACAAGGACAUGAAUUAUGUGCUGUUCUGCUACCAGAAAGGACAUGUAAAGCAGCAUGGGCCUGUAGUGCAAGAGGAGAGUAACAGCUACAGGAACAAGAGGAGCUGUCUCAAAGCUUACCGGAGGGCAAGAGCGGAGGAAAAGACCAUUGAGACCAGUGACAUAUCACCAGCUGCUGCAGAAGCUGAGGCCACACAUAAAGCAGAGGAGGCUAGAAGAAAGGACAACACAGCUACACAAUCACUACUAUACCACGAAGAACACAAACCCUUGGUGGAUAGCAUAAAAAGCAGACAGAGAGCAGAACGUUUGGCACGUGUGAAGGACUUCUUCUCCAAAAGGAGGCAGCAAGUUCCAAAGGCGUGUUCCCAUGACUCAGCCAAUGGCCAGAAAGUUUCUCAGCCGUUGCCAACUACGUGGGGUGACUCUGCCAGCUUUCUCCAUAAAUGCCAAAAGAAACAAUCCAUCGAGAGUCCACAGGUGCUCACCUACCACCAGAUUCCCCUGCUUACACUGGACUGGAACAAUGACAAAGCCCAUCAGUGGGGGGCUGCUGACAUGCAUGACGUCUGGCCUGUAAGAGCUGAAAAGACCUUGUCAAAAGCGUCAGAGGAAAAUAUAGAAGAUGCACCUUCUGUCAACGAUAUGUGGGAGACCUUUCGUAAUGGUACAGAUAAUACCACCGAUAAAGAAUCCUCGGUGCGUGAUGCAUGGCAGGCAUUUCUUAAUGGGCCGAGCUGUACGGACCAUUCUGGUGUUCCAGAGUCAGAGUGGCUGCAGACAGCAGCGUCUGUGUCUCCCUCAAAUGAUAAAGAGCCCAAUGCCCAAUAUGCAGCAAGCAGUGAAGAGUAUGAAAUGCAGGUGGGCACGGAUACACCCACCACCUUACAUGCACACGCCUCAGCUGUAUGUCAGAUGCUGUCAGACACUUGCAAAAUAUCAUUGGCUAAUGUAGCCUUGAACUCGGAAAACCACCAGCCAGCACAGGCGAGUGUCAGCAGCCCAAGAAAUGACACAGCGACACAAGAUGCAUCCCAAAGGUCACAAUCAACAUCUGUAACAGACACUCCGCAGGAAUUUUGCCUCAAGGGGGCAACGGCUGUGUCCGAGGGCUCUGUUGACAGUUCAACUGAGUUUCACAAGCAUGUGAUCUGGGAGCAGGAAAGUCAAGGAACAAUAGGAAUAGCAGAAGGAAUAGGAAGAGAUGAGACAUUCAUGCCACACACAGCUGACUUAGUAACAAGCUCAGGGGAGUCACAGACAACAGAUAUGACAGCAAUGCCAGAGUCUCAGAAUGCCACCGCUGUUGAUAGCAUCUCAGAGGGAGCAAGACUGGAUGAGGGUCUUUCUUCUAGCAGGAAAGGGGAGGCUACAGGAACCGCACACAGUGUGACGGAUGACACGCUGGCAUUUAGGGGGACAAUCAGAAAGGGAAAAAAGGAUGUGGAGAGGUUUGUCUUUUCCACAUCCAGACAAGGGAUGGAGGAAGGGAUCAUGAAUGAAUGUACGGAAAACAAAGUAUCUACAGAUGAGGAGAUUUCAAGGCCACACAAAACAGAACAGUGUGAAAUCUCCCAGUGGUGUGCAGAUGAAAAGAAACAUGAAGAAUUCAGGCUGAAGCAAAACCGUGAAAAUCCAUUACAGGAGGAUGAGAGCGAUGAAAAUGAAAUAAGAUUUGCACAGACAAAUGCAGAUGAAUCUAAUUUAAGCCAAAUGUCUGAGGAAAAUGUCGAGCAAAGCCAAAUAAUUUCAAGUGAAUUCAAAUUGGAUGAAUCAGAGAGUGAAGAUGUUGCAUCAAAUAACAAAAACUUGGAAGUAUUCAAAAAGACAGAGGCGGAAAGUUCCUAUGGUACAAUUAGCAACAAUGAAACAAAGAGACUAAUUGGUGCAAAAGUGGGACCUGUUCAGGUAUUAAAGAAAGAACAUAAUGACAAAGCUUUACAACGCAAUUCAUCAUGGCAGAGGAGAAACACAGCAAUAAUUUCCGAAGUACCUUAUAAACAGUCAAGGCCAAUCCAAGCAGGAGAAGAAGUGUGCAUUCAGAAAGAGGAGGAUGACUCAACACUGACACAAAUACAGGAAAAUGUACUGAACCCUAAAAUAGGUGAACAUGUAUUAGUGUCAAAUAUGACUGAGGAAGGUAAAAUCUUGAGUUGGGAUAGAAUAAUUGAGGAGCAACAGGAAAUAAACCCAGCAGCACAGAUACAACACAACGUGGAAUCAAGGGAAAUGAAAAAGUUCUUCCAAGUUGGCCAAAAUACAUGCAGGCCUUUUCCAAUAGAUAAAUGCAACCCAAACCCCAUGGAGGCGGUAGAAAUGAGAUGGAGUCAUUCAAGGGAUGAUAUGAAGGGUCAGAAAGAGGACGUAGGCCAUGAAAUAAGCCCAGACGUAGUUAUUGAGAAGAAGAACUUUGUUGAGAAAGACAUUUCAACAGAACUUCAACACCAGCCGGUGACAUUAGAAAGAACAGAGGAAGGUAUGAGUCAGAGAGACAAAGAUGAGAUGGUGAGUAUUGGAGAGCUGAAAAUAAAAGUGCUGGGGGAGUUGAUGGGUAAUGUGGAGAACCCUCAGGGGAAGAGGAGGAACGCACCAGCUGAAUUGAAAGGACGAGAGUUGUCAGCAGAAGUUGAGUGCUCUCCACAUAGAAUUGAAUAUAAAAAAAUGUCAAAGGGAACAAAAGACCCUAUUACAGCAGAAAAUACUGCAGCACUUGAAGUGAUAGAGUCGGGAUUGAAGGAGAUGUUCAUAGAAAGAUUUGGAGAAGAUUUGGUCAGGGGAAUUUGGGAAGAGGUGUUCGGUCAGAAAGAACAGGCCUCUAAUAGAGACAGAGAUAUUGUUGAUGGAAUGGAGGGCAAGCUGGCAGAUGUACCUGAUAUUACACAAGAUUGCCUUCCUCUUUCUGAGAAAGAUUUCAAUGAUGCUUUUGAUUCCGAUGUAUUUUCCAUGAUAGAACUACCAACAGAUCAAAACCUAAGUCUCGGUCAAGGCCUAGAGCAAACCGUAGCCACUAGGAGCAAGGAAUACUCCCCAAAGGAGAGUCAGUCACUCACCACAGCAGAAGAAGCUCACUUCCUCUCAGAAUCACAGACAGAUUUAAAUUCAAGUGUUCACCUCGGUCAAGAUCUCACCCCCAUUUUAGCUGCUCAGUCAUUGACUGAAUCAGCCCAAAGCUCUCCAAAGGAUCAGGAAGACUUCACUCAAAUAAAAGAAAGAUCAGUCACUCUUCAGGAGACAGGUAGACAAAUAGAAGACUACGUAGUCGCCCAUAGGGAGAGUUUAAGUGGAUCAGCCCACCCAUCUCACAAACAUCUGAGUUUGUACUCUGACAAAUUAAAAGAGUCUGAUAGUGUUGUGUGUUGGAGUGUGUUAUACAUCCUCAGUCACAUCACCAGACUUCUAAUCUGUAUCCUUCUAGUUGCUGGGUUCUUCUUCACUGUUUUCCUUUAUGAUUUCCCAGCAUUCUUUGCGCUUUACAUAUUUUCAAUGUGCUGGUGGUUUUAUAAGUGGAAGAGACAUUGAGUGACAACAAACAAGGAGAUGGUGGGAUAGGCCAAAAGUGCUGUGUGUAGUAUUUUAAAACAUCACUGUUAAAUGACUUGUAAUGCCUUCAGUAUCUUUCUACUGUUUAUUCAGACUGGUGAGACCAUUGUGGGGAUGAUUGGAGGCUAAAAGAACAGG